AUGGAAGUGCCAACAUCGGACGUCCAAGGAGUGCUGGGCAAGAAGGCGUCCCUCCCGUGCGACAUCCAGCCCCUGCAUUCCGACGACGACGUCGUGAUGGUGCUGUGGUUCAAGGAGUCCGAUGGCGAGCCCUUGUACAGUUACGACAUCCGAGGCCGGUCAAUGACCCAGCCGAAGCUGUGGUCCUCCCCCACCGGCUUCGGCAAUCGGGCCUUCUUCAGGGGGGGAGCGACGCCAGCGGUGCUGAUGGUAGACGACGUGCAAGCGGUGGACGCCGGCGUCUACAGGUGUAGGGUGGACUUCAAGAACUCGCCGACGAGAAACCUGAAGGUCAACUUUAGUGUUAUAAUCCCACCAAAUCGUCCAAAGAUAUACGACGCCAAGAAGAAAGAUAAGGCGAAUCUCGUGGAGCCAUACAACGAGGGCUCAAACGUGCAUUUAAUUUGCGAAGUUGAGGGAGGUCGACCACGACCGCGGGUGACGUGGUACCUCGAGAACGAGAUGAUCGACGACUCGUUCGAGCAGCGGCCCGACGGGGUGACAGUCAACACGCUGACGUUUCCCAACAUUGGGCGACAGCAUCUGAACGCGAGACUGGUGUGCCAAGCGUCGAACACCAACCUCGCGCCGCCCGAGACGAAAGUCCUGAUUUUAGAUAUUAACUUAAAACCAAUAUCAGUGACGAUACUGACAAAAGAGAAGCAGAUAUCCGCCGACAAGCGGUACGAGAUCGAGUGCAAGACGACCGGCUCCCGGCCCGAGGCCGACGUCUCGUGGUGGAAAAACAACAGGCACCUCAAGAGGAUGGAAAAGAAAUUCUCGGAGAACAACGAGACCCUAAGCAUUCUGAGCUUAGUGCCGAGCGUGGAGGACGAUGGGAAGUAUCUGACGUGUCGCGCCGAGAACUCGAAGAUAAAGGACUCCGCCAUAGAAGACAAGUGGCGGUUGAACGUUCAUUAUGUGCCCGUAGUGGACCUCAAGAUGGGCUCCAACCUCAACCCAGACGAGAUCAAGGAGGGCGAUGACGUGUACUUCGAGUGCACCGUAAAGGCCAACCCCAAGACGCACCGGCUCGUGUGGUUCCAUGACAACAACGAAAUUUUCCACAACGAAGGCGCGGGCAUCAUCCUCAGCGCCCAAAGUCUGGUGCUUCAAAGCGUGACCAGGGCAGCGGCUGGAGACUACACCUGCAUGGCUGCCAAUAGCGAGGGGAAAGGCACCAGCAACCCUGUCACGCUGCUAGUCCGAUAUGCACCAGUAUGCGCAGAGAAGAGAGAUGGAGAACUAUUUGGAGCACUCAAGCAUGAAACCGUCUCGCUUCACUGUUCCGUCGAUGCCAACCCUGCGCUCGUCUCUUUCCAUUGGACCUUCAACAAUUCAGGAGAACAGACUGAAAUACCACCACGGUUAUACAGCAGCCACGGGCACACGUCCACCCUAAACUACACGCCGACCACCGAUAUGGAGUACGGAACCCUGGCCUGUUAUGGUGCGAACACCGUCGGCAAGCAGAAGGUUCCGUGCCUCUUCCAGUUGGUUGCAGCUGGUCGGCCGUUCCACCUCCAGAACUGCUCAGUGGCGAAUCAAAGUAUCGAUUCGCUGUACGUGGAAUGCGUGGAGAAUUUCGACGGCGGCCUGCCGCAGACCUUCCUCAUGGAGCUGUUGGAGCUACCGUCACUAAUCGUCCGCUAUAACGUGUCCACAAACCGAACUCCCCCGUACUUCGAGAUCAAAGGGCUGCCACCAGGCGUCAGCUACAGAAUUGACCUCUACGCCGUCAACGCCAAAGGAAGAAGUGACGUGUCCACCAUAGAGACCGUCACUCUGAAGGGCCAGGCCAAGUUUACUGGAGAAAGCAACGCGCUCGGCGUUUCACCAGUGCUGGCAUCUAUAGCAGCCAUGUCGGCGCUGCUGGCUACAGCAGUGUGCGGGGUCCUAGCCGUGCUGUAUAGAAGGCACGCUGCGAGGCACAGACAUUUGCCUGCUAAGCAUGCCCCUCUGAGCAGUGAAGCAAUGUACGUGGAGCGGGCUGGCCACUGCCCCACGCCGGUGAAGCACGAAGUGGAAUCCCGGGCCAGCAGCACGGAGCCCCGGGGAGACGGCUUCGGUGCGCGCGGGGCGCUUCUACACGCUGCCGACCCCCGGGACAAUGAUGACGCUGACCCGGAUAUCAUACCUUGUUUAUACGAACGGCGGCCAGUCUCCAACGGCUACAUGAGCCUGCAGCGACCGCCGUCGACCAGCAAGCUGCCCAAGCUGGGCGAGGACGUGCGCUUCGAGCCCGACGGCGGCGCCUACUUCACAGACUUCAGGAAGAAGGACUAUAGGAUACCUUUAACUAGUUCAUAUCAUAGCUUAGGGCGCGUGAACAAGGGAGUGAACGCGUGUAGUCCCAGUUCGGCGGGUGGAGUGACGUCAUCGCUCACGGCCCACCGGCUGCGGCCCGAGGUCGUGACGACCUCGCAUCGAGUCCAAGAGAGCUGUAUAUAAGAUAUCCCUCCGAUGUAUAUAGUAAAUUAAGCAUUGGCGGUGCAGCGAUUACUGAUAGUGCAGGUUAGUAAAUGGCUAUGAUUUGUGUAAGGCUAGAGAAAUACAUUGACAAAGCAUUACAGAAUUUUAUGA